AGAGCAGAGGAAAGGGGCCGCCGAUCGCCCCCCCGCUUUCCCGCACGCGCUCUCUAGCCGGGGCUGCCCGCCUGCCGCGGUUACCCCGGCCUAUCCCUCGGUCCCCUCUGAGCGGAUCUAGGCGCUGAGCGAGGCCCUGCCGGGGCGGCCAUGCGGCGGUGACAGGAGCUCGGCCGAGACGCUCGGGCCCCUCGCCCUCUCACCUCCUGCCCGCUCGCCAGCCAGCCUCAGCCCGAGGGUGCUCCGCCGCAGCCGCAGUUCGCGCGCGGCCCACACUCGCUUCCCUUCAGCACCCCCGGCCCCGGCGCUGCCUGGAGGCGGCUGCACUCGGGGAUCAUGGCCCAAGUAGCAAUGUCUACCCUGCCCGUCGAAGAUGAGGAGUCCUCGGAGAGCAGGAUGGUGGUGACAUUCCUUAUGUCUGCUCUUGAGUCCAUGUGUAAAGAACUGGCCAAGUCCAAGGCGGAAGUGGCCUGCAUCGCAGUGUAUGAAACAGACGUAUUUGUUGUUGGAACAGAGAGAGGACGUGCUUUUGUCAACACCAGAAAGGAUUUUCAGAAAGAUUUCGUAAAAUACUGUGUUGAAGAAGAAGAGAAGGCUGCAGAGAUGCAUAAAAUGAAAUCAACAACCCAGGCGAAUCGGAUGAAUGUAGAUGCUGUAGAGAUUGAAACACUUAGAAAAACAGUUGAGGACUAUUUCUGCUUUUGCUAUGGGAAAGCUUUAGGCAAAUCAACAGUGGUACCUGUUCCAUAUGAAAAGAUGCUACGAGAUCAGUCAGCUGUGGUGGUGCAGGGGCUUCCAGAAGGAGUAUCCUUUAAACAUCCUGAAAACUAUGAUCUUGCAACCCUGAAGUGGAUUUUGGAGAACAAAGCAGGGAUUUCAUUUAUCAUUAAGAGACCUUUCCUAGAGCCAAAGAAGCUCCUAGGUGGUCGAGUGACUGUAACAGAUGCUGAAAGGUCAAUGCUAUCUCCAGGUGGAAGUUGUGGCCCCAUCAAAGUGAAAACUGAACCCACAGAAGAUUCUGGCAUUUCUCUGGAAAUGGCAGCUGUGACAGUAAAGGAAGAAUCAGAAGAUCCUGAUUACUAUCAAUACAACAUUCAAGGCCCUUCUGAAACUGAUGAUGUUGAUGACAAACUCCCCCUUUCGAAGUCUUUGCAAGGAAGCCAUCAUUCUUCAGAGGGCAAUGAAGGAACAGAAAUGGAAGUACCAGCAGAAGAUGAUGAUUAUUCUCCACCUACCAAGAGACCAAAGAGCAAUGAGCCUCCCCAGCCGCCAGUCACAGAACCUGCCAAUGCCGGCAAACGGAAAGUGAGGGAGUUCAACUUUGAGAAGUGGAAUGCUCGAAUUACUGACCUGCGUAAACAAGUUGAAGAGUUGUUUGAAAGAAAGUACGCUCAAGCUAUAAAAGCCAAAGGUCCUGUGACGAUCCCGUACCCUCUUUUCCAGUCCCACGUGGAAGAUCUUUAUGUAGAAGGACUUCCGGAAGGAAUCCCUUUUAGAAGGCCAUCUACUUAUGGAAUUCCUCGCCUUGAGAGGAUAUUACUUGCAAAGGAAAGGAUUCGUUUUGUGAUAAAGAAACAUGAACUUUUGAAUUCAACACGUGAAGACUUACAGCUUGAUAAACCAGCUUCAGGAGUAAAAGAAGAGUGGUAUGCCAGAAUCACUAAGUUACGAAAGAUGGUAGAUCAGCUUUUCUGCAAAAAAUUUGCUGAAGCCUUAGGGAGCACCGAAGCCAAGGCUGUACCUUACCAGAAAUUUGAAGCACAUCCUCAUGACCUCUAUGUGGAAGGACUACCAGAAAACAUUCCUUUUAGAAGUCCCUCGUGGUAUGGAAUCCCAAGGCUGGAAAAAAUUAUUCAAGUGGGCAAUCGAAUUAAAUUUGUUAUUAAAAGACCAGAACUUCUGACUCACAGCACUACUGAAGUUACUCAGCCAAGAACGAAUACACCAGUCAAAGAAGAUUGGAAUGUCAGAAUUACCAAGCUACGGAAGCAAGUGGAAGAGAUUUUUAAUUUGAAAUUUGCUCAAGCUCUUGGACUCACAGAGGCAGUAAAAGUACCAUACCCGGUGUUUGAAUCAAACCCCGAGUUCCUUUAUGUAGAAGGCUUGCCAGAAGGAAUUCCCUUUCGAAGCCCUACCUGGUUUGGAAUUCCACGACUUGAAAGGAUUGUCCGUGGAAGUAAUAAAAUCAAGUUUGUUGUUAAAAAACCUGAACUAGUUAUUUCCUACUUGCCUCCUGGAAUGGCUAGUAAAAUAAACACUAAAGCUUUGCAGUCCCCGAAAAGACCACGAAGCCCUGGGAGUAAUUCAAAAGUUCCUGAAAUUGAGGUCACUGUUGAAGGCCCUAAUAACAGCAACCCUCAAACGUCAGCUGUUCGAACCCCUACCCAGACUAAUGGUUCUAAUGUUCCCUUCAAGCCUCGAGGGAGAGAGUUUUCCUUUGAGGCCUGGAAUGCCAAAAUCACUGACCUAAAACAGAAAGUUGAAAAUCUUUUCAAUGAAAAAUGUGGUGAAGCUCUUGGCCUUAAACAAGCUGUGAAAGUGCCGUUUGCGUUAUUUGAGUCUUUCCCUGAAGACUUUUACGUGGAAGGCUUACCUGAGGGUGUGCCAUUCCGGCGACCAUCUACUUUUGGCAUUCCAAGGCUGGAGAAGAUACUCAGAAACAAAGCCAAAAUUAAGUUCAUCAUUAAAAAGCCUGAAAUGUUUGAGACGGCAAUUAAGGAGAGCACCUCCUCCUCUAAGAGCCCUCCAAGAAAAAUAAAUUCAUCGCCCAAUGUGAAUACUACUGCAUCAGGUGUUGAAGAUCUUAACAUCAUUCAGGUGACAAUUCCAGAUGAUGAUAAUGAAAGACUGUCAAAGGUUGAAAAAGCUAGACAGCUAAGAGAACAAGUUAAUGACCUCUUCAGUCGAAAAUUUGGUGAAGCCAUUGGUAUGGGUUUCCCUGUGAAAGUUCCCUACAGGAAAAUCACAAUUAACCCUGGCUGUGUGGUGGUUGAUGGCAUGCCUCCUGGAGUGUCAUUCAAAGCCCCCAGCUAUCUGGAAAUCAGCUCCAUGAGAAGGAUCUUAGAUUCUGCUGAGUUCAUUAAAUUCACAGUCAUUAGACCAUUUCCAGGACUUGUGAUUAAUAACCAGUUGGUUGAUCAGAGUGAGUCAGAAAGCCCAGUGAUCCAAGAGUCAGCCGAGCCGAGCCAGUUGGAGGUUCCUGCAACAGAAGAAAUAAAGGAGACUGAUGGAAGCUCUCAAAUCAAGCAAGAACCAGACCCUACGUGGUAGACCUCUUCCCUCCUAGGCUUAAAGUAUCAGUGGGUGAGAAGAGCUUUUCGGACCUGUUACUGCCCCAAGCUGUGUAAUAUACUUGUAUAACAGAAAUACCUUCUAUACAAACCUUUUUUUCUACUUUUAGAUAGAAAUGUCUACUUUUUCAGCAGUUCUGUGAAUUGAAUUAAAGAGCAGAGUGACUGUAGAUUUGGAAUGGCUGGUUUACUUUGGAAUGUAUUAUAAGGAUUUUACAGCAGUGCUGGAAAAACGACAGGGAAAAUGACAGGGAUGAAUCUCAUCAGAUUUUUUACGUGUUCAGCAGAGCCUUCAGCUGUGGUGUUUGUUUCCCAAUCAAGUGAAGAUCUCUCCUACUGGAGCAUCUCAGCUUCUGCAGUGAAGAAAAUACCUGCGAUAGUUCAGCUCUUUAGCUUUUCUAUUUGAAAAAUCACUUAAUUGAUCCUUUUGUUCACGGUUCUCCUUAAUGACUGAGUGAACAGCUAGUAUCUGUAUAUUUGACUAAACCUUUUCCUAAGCUCUCUAUCAUGGUUCAUAUGUUUUUUAUCGUAAUUAAAAACCAACCAUCUGGAUCACCUAACAGCCAGUGAGAGGUCCGUAUCUCAGCGUGUGGCUUAUAGAUGGAGUACAGAGAACCUCUUCCAUCCACAUUUACUUUUCAUCCAAAUAAAAUGCAUGGUGUACCAGAAGUUUCAGAUCAGGUAUAAGUGUUUGGGCAAGCCGAAUGACACUAAAGCCUCACUAUCGUGUAACCCAUUGUGGUGUGGAAUUCUUUGGAACACUAUUCCAGCUUGGAUCAGGGGGUUUCAUUGCCUUCAUUACUUUACAAUUCUACUUGUAACGUUGAGGCUCCAGUGUGGGGAGUGAGGGGUCAGUAAGCUGAUUAGGCACCCUCUGUUAUUCUGCGCCAUUUGUAGGAGAAUCUUACAUGUGUUGAGAUUUCACAAACAGUAAGAGUUGUAAAAUACCAGCUAUAUGAAAAGCUAGAGUAUGUGAUGGCAUAGAGUUUUCAUUAGCUUUAUCACAAUAUUCACGAUGGAGAAUUAUAUUACAUGGUAGCAGAAAUAGGCAUUUUUAUGUGUUGCUUAUAUUUUACCUCAAAUUAAAUUGUAGAUAUAGGGUAAUAAAUAAAAUCCAUCCAUGCCUUUCACACAC